CGCCCAUAAACACUGGACGAACGGCUUCAUUUGCCAGAAGAAAGGUGCGUUCUCUCCACAGUCGUGCAUCCUCUGAUUGGUCCGGUCGCGUCUAGUCACGCGUUGAAUUCCUCACCCUGUGAUUGGUUGGCUCGACAGUCUCCUCUUUUCUUCACACCAUGACCGAGCGCUCUGUCUCUGCGGGGCCGUUGGGGGCCACUGCCAUUCCCCCGCCGGGAUGCCCCGCCCCUAGCGGUGACGCGCUGGUGACUGGCCCCACCCCGACUGCCGGAGGUCCCGUUCGUAUGAAUUUAUACGCGACCUGGGAGACGGAUCGAGGAAGCGCUGCCUGCGUACCCAGGCUUUUUUCUCUCACACUGAGGAAACUCAUUAUGUUCAAAGAUCUGGAUAAAGAUUUAUCAUCAGUAGUUAUUGCUGUCAAACUUCAGGGCUCAAAGAGAAUUCUACGCUCAAAUGAGAUCUCUCUUCCAGCAAGUGGAAUUUCUGAGACUGAGCUGCAGCUGACAUUCUCUCUGCAGUAUCCUCAUUUCUUAAAACGAGAUGCUAAUCGUCUUCAGAUAAUGUUGCAGAGACGGAAAAGAUAUAAAAACCGAACUAUUUUAGGCUAUAAGAGUCUGGCAGUGGGAGUAAUAAAUAUGGCUGAGGUCCUUCAGUUUCCAAGUGAAAGUGGCCUUGUCUUAUCUCUACAUAGCCAUGUUAAGGAUGCAUCUUUACCUGUGGCUGAGAUAAAUAUACAUUCUCUGUCCAGUCAACCAAUCGACCACGAAGGACCUAAAGCCAAACUGUCUGAUCGUUCUCCGGAUAUUGAAAACUACUCAGAAGAAGAAGAUGAAAGUUUCUCCUCAGAGCAAGAAGGGAGUGAUGACCCCAUACAUGGACAGGAUUUUUUCUAUGAAGAUGAAGAUGUUCGUAAAGUAAAAAAAUCUCGUAGGAAAAUUCCAGCCUCAUCUGCAAUAACAAGACAGCCAAAUAUUAAACAGAAAUUUGUAGCACUUUUGAAAAGAUUCAAAGUUUCAGAAGAGGUUGGCUUUGGACUAGAUCAUGUUUCACGUGAUGAGAUACGGGAAGAAGAUCUUGAUGAGUUAUAUGAUAGUCUUGAGAUGUUCAAUCCAAGUGACAGCUGUCCUGAGUUAGAGGAGAGCGAGAGUGUCCUGAGCACUCCCAAACCUAAGCUUAGACCAUUCUUUGAGGGGGUGUCACAGUCCAGUUCACAAACAGAAAUCGGCAGUUUAAACAGUAAAGGGAGCCAAGGAAGAGAUGUUAGCAGCCCGGGUGAUGUUUCAGCUGAAGUAAAAUUGUCCCGUCGAGAGGAUUCUAUGGAUACCGAAAGCCAGGACGUUUCUUUGGAUGUCUCGCAGGAUCUUGACACACUCUCAGAUUCAUUAAGUUUUUCUGUGCCUGAGAAAUCCAAAUCUCUGAAGAGUCCAAAUGUUACUCCUCAGAACAAGAGGAGUAUCCCUAUGAGGGAGAAGCAAUCCAGCAAAGUAAUUGGUGAAAGAAGUCAAAGCACAGAGAAUGAAAAAGCCGCAGAUAUAGCACAGAGUAUACAGGUCCCUCGGAAACUGCUACUUGACCAGUUAAAUCAAACCCUCUCAGACCCAUCUCUUCCAGAAACCAUCAUCAUUGUACAAACUUCAGAUUGGCAGGGACAGUUUGUCUCAAGCCUCUUUCAACAGCAACAUAAACCCUGUGUGUGUAUAACAUGCUCAUCCGAUGUACAGUGUGCUCUAACUGCAAUACUGACUCGUAUACAAAGACAUUGUCAUACAGCCCCUGGGCCCCCGAGGCCCUUGAAAGUUGUCUGUGUGGGUGGUCACACUUUCCUUAGUUUCCUGCUUGGAGCCUAUGUUACAAACUUGGCCGGCAGAGCCUCAGACUGGUUGGGUUACUUACGAUUCCUCUUGGUUCCUUUGGGGUCUCACCCUGUAUGUAAAUACCUCUCAUCCUUGGACUCACGUUAUGCUUCACUUUUCUUUGAUGUUUCUUGGAGGGAUUUAUUUAGCAAAUCAGAAGCUCCAGCUGUGGAGCCUUUUGAUGUUAUUGGCCGCGUCAUGCAGUAUGUAGGUGGAGCCAGUACCGCUCUCCAGCUACCCAUCGCAGAAGCCAUGCUGACCUGCAAGCAUAAGCUUCAGGAGGAUGAUUCAUAUCAGAAGUUUAUCCCUUUUAUUGGCGUUUUGAAAGUCGGAUUGGUGGAGACGUCCCCCCCAAACACUGAUGCAGAGGAUUCUGCUUCCCUCGCUCUUGGUCUUCCUUCUACUUCUCCCCCUUCCUCUUCUGGGCUCCCUAGAGAUGGCUCUGCAACACCUCCAUCAUCACCAUCACUGGGUACUGGCCCUCAGGGAAAUACUGGUCCUACCUCUGAUGCACUAGGUCUACAGGUUGAUUAUUGGCUGAGUUGUGACAGACGUAGAGAAAGAGAAGGAGGUGGGAAGAACACCCUUCGGAGUAUCUUUCGCUCUGUGGUUGUAUCACGUCUUCCAGGGCCAGACACCCCACCUGGGAGUAUGAGCUUAAGCAUAGUGACUACAGAGCCACGAAACAAGAAAGUGCCACUUUUCCUGAGUAAAAAGCCAAAAGAAAAAGAGACUGAUGCGAAAAGUCAAAUAAUCGAAGGAAUAACAAGGCUAAUCUGUUCGGCUAGACAGCAACAAACCAUGCUGAGAGUCACAGUUGAUGGACGUCUUUUUGGGGACGUGAAAUUCUUCCAGGUUGCGUCCCAGUGGCCAACUCAUGUCAAACAUUUUCCAGUCGGCAUAUUCAGCUCAACGGGGAAACCUUGAUACACUCAACAUAUGUACAUCAUAUACAUGCAAUUAUAUAUCCAUUUAUUAUAUUUUUGGAUCACUUACAGAUACAUUCUGAGAUUGGAAGAACACAAAUAUUGUAACUUAUUAUACACUGUUACUCAAACAUGCACAGUUCUUUACAACUAUAACAGUGUUGUACAAUAUUACUCAUACAUAAUUCAGAGCAAUACACACUGUUGCUCCUAUUAAGUACUGUUACACUUUUUUUUUUUGUGUGGUUCAUAUGCACACCUACCACACACAGUAUAACACAUGUAAAAUUCUGUUACAUUCAUAUGAAUAUCCAUAUCUACACAUAUCAUAAAUACCUAUUACAUGUUGUAUUGUAUAAUUUUAUAUUUAUAGUGCCAAUUGUGUACACUGCACAAAGUUAUAAUACAGUACAUAAUGCAUAUAUGGAUGUGAUAUAAUACAAUGGUAGGUAUCCGUACAAACAUAGUGUGUGUAUUAACAUACAAUAAGUGGGAGAUCCUAACGCGCUUAAUUGUAAAGUUCAAUGUUAACUAAAAAAUUGUGACAU